AUGCUGGUCGUUAAGAAUUGCUUCCUGGAGGUAGUGGACGGCAUGUCUGGGCUCAGGCGUAGCAGGAGCGACAGUGACGCUCGGAUCUCAGCCGUGGGAUGCCCCGCGCGCGUCGAUGGCCGCAUCUCGCAUGCCCGUGGUCACGAGCCGCUCUCUGCCUUGGUCUCGGUCGCCGCUGAUGGCCGCCGCGCUGGGGUGGUGUUCAUCGACGGCGGCCAGUACAGGAACAGUGGAUGUUCCAAUCUGGUACCGGGCAGCUCUCAUUCUGCGAGCCGCAGCCCUGGACGCGGGCAAGAGUCUGAGCUCGUUGGGCACUAG